CUAUAGACGGCACCAUCAAAAACUCCCAAAAGGAGAUCACUCAAAUCUUUACCGACUAUUACCAAUCUUUAUACAACCAAGCAACGGACAAUGACACCAGAACACCAGUAACGCGGGAACGUAUUCGAGCCUACCUACUGGGAAUCAACCUGCCCAAACUACAAAACAAAGCAGUGAGGUCCCUGGAAGCCCCAAUUAUGCAAGACAAAAUAGAAGAACUAACACCACAGUUGAAAUCCCUCUUUAACAAACUCAGAAUGGAUAGCACACCAGAUUGA